UUUAAAUACAGGUUCCGAGCAACGCAAUUCAGCACUCUAACCUCUUAAACCCUCAACACCCGUCUCUGCGGCUAUCGCCAUGGCUAUACAUCCCCACUUAGACAGUAUCCUCUGGACCGAAGACCAAAUCUCCCACCGAGUCUCCGAACUCGCUGCACAAAUCGUCCAUGACUUUCCCGCCUCGUCAGCUCCUCCCGUCUUUAUCGGCGUUGCCACCGGCGCAUUCAUAUUCCUCGCUGACCUAGUUCGCAAAAUCGACCUCCCUUUCACCGUUGAUCUCGUUCGAGCUCAAUCCUACGGUUCCGGAACUGUCUCCAAUGGCGCACCUACCAUUUCUUCUGACUUGAAGGUUGAAGUUAACGGCCAACACGUCAUUUUGGUUGAAGACAUCGUGGACUCUGGACAUACUUUAUCUAGACUCAUUUCACACUUGAAAUUGAAAGGAGCAUCCUCUGUUUCUGUAUGCACUCUUCUUGACAAGCCAGCAAGGAGAAAAGUUAAUGUACAACUGGUGGGGGAAGGGAAAUUCUACCGGGGAUUUGAGUGUCCAGACUAUUUUGUAGUUGGUUAUGGAAUGGAUUUUGAUGAACGGUACAGAAAUUUGCCUUACAUUGGUGUCUUGAAGCCUGAACUUUACAGUUGAUGUUGUAUUUGGUAGUUGGUGCUCGCCACAUUUGGAACCACGAAGUAUUGAGUUUGUCUGACACGCUUCCACUUGCUCGCAGAGUGAACCAAUAGAAUAGCUAUAGAAACUAGAAAGUAGAAGAAACAAAAUAAGAUUAAUUUGUUGUACCAUUUAAUGGUUGUCAUUAAAUUAUAAAUUAUGCGUUGGAUAUUUGCAGAUUUUACAAUUAUAUUUAUUUGAGUAA